GUCAUACGCAAGUCAUCAAAGUCUAAACUGUAGAAGGACAUUUGUAUAUAAUGAAGUUGACAGGGAAAAGGUACGGCACAGAAUCAAGUUUAGAGGAUGCUCCCUACACAAAGCUUUUUGAUGGUCGUUGCAUGUCUUCUUCUUCUACCAUCGUCAUGAGAAGGUUCUUCCAAAAGAAAAUAAACUCAGCAAUGAAACCAUUUUGUAAUCAGAACUUGAUCAUCAUAGUCCCAGUUAUUUUCUUUGUGAUCUUCUUUACCUGGUCAUGGCAAAGAGCAGGAUUCUCCAUGGUCUUUGAAUGUAAACAAAAAGACAUUAUGCUCACAACAGCAGACAGACUUCCAAAUGACUCCCCAAUCUCAGUCCACAAUAAAGAGAAAGAUCUCCUUGUACUUGUUUGGGUUUGGCCAUUUGGGGAACCUUUUCCAUUAAAUACUUGUUUAAGUGUUUAUGGCAUCUCUGGCUGCAAAUUAACCGCGGACCGAAGCCUCUACAACAUGGCUGAUGCUGUGGUCAUGCACCAUGUAGAUAUCAUGUAUGAAAAAAAUUUGCCUUGGGAUCCAAGGCCUCAUCACCAGCGUUGGGUUUGGUUUAACAUGGAACCCCCUUUGAUCAUUAAAAAUCUCCACUUCUUAAACAAUAUGUUCAAUAUGACCAUGACAUUCCGCCAGGACUCUGAUGUCUAUAGACCUUAUGGCCGUAUUGAGGCUUUGAGAGAGCCUCAAAGUUUUACUAUCCCAGCAAAAUCUAAAUUGGUCGCUUGGGUGGUCAGUAAAUGGUAUCCAGGCGUACGGCGUAAUGAGUAUUAUGAGGAGCUGAAAAAGUACAUUCCAAUUGACGUUUAUGGAAAGAACCAUAUGGAGUUAUCUUGGGAUGAUUUUUAUACAACCAUCUCUCAGUAUAAGUUUUACCUGGCCUUUGAAAAUUCCAUUUACAAGGAUUAUAUAACUGAGAAGCUGUGGUCAAAUGCUUUUGACUCCUGGGCUGUACCUGUCGUGUUAGGGACAACUAGGAAAAACUACGAGAGGUUCCUUCCUGGGGAAGCUUUUAUUCAUGUUGAUGAUUUUCCAAGUGCAAAGGAUUUAGCAGAUUACCUUUUUCAGUUGGACAAUGAUGAUGAAAGAUACAAAAAUUAUUUCAACUGGAGGUCAUUGUAUCGAGUAAGAAGGGAAACUGGGUGGGACAAUCACUAUUGCAAAGCAUGUAGGGCAUUAAGGCAAGCUCCGGAUUACCAAAUCAUUCCUAGUUUGGAAAAGUGGUUCUUAGAGGGCACUAAUGUGUAUGAAAAAUAACCAGAGAAAUGUAAGAUAUAUAAGGUAUUUAAACAGACUCUGUCAUGGGGGAAAACCUCCAAAACGACUGCAUGUACAAAAUGCAGGCCCAACCAAAUGGUUGACCAUUUGGACAGGCAAAGUUCCAAUACAGCUGGGUAUUGUCAGAGCUUGCUACUAAGUCUUGCCACCCACAUUUCUAUUGGUACACCACUAUCAUGGCCACUAUGCUGGUCAAUAGGAUUGUGUGAGAGGAAGGAAAGCUUGGACAAGAUUCACCACUUAAAAAAAACAGUGAAGCUUUGCUUGUCAGAACUUCUUGGCAUUCAGCCAUCAUAAAAGGGUCUGGGAGACUGCUGAAGGGUAUUUGUAGGCACCCUAGGUGCCUGUGUUUUACAACUUCUGCAGAUUUUUAGGGCCAGAUUCACAGAAGAGAUACGAGGGCGUUUCUCUGAAACGCCGUUGUAUCUCUCAGA